CUGAAGUAAACAUUUCAACAUGCUAGCUACAGGAAGUUUGUCUCUGCUACUCAUCUCAUUUCUGUUCUGCUUCUGUUUCUAUAACCCCUCACACGCUUUUUCACUGAAAAACUGCAUAAUUCCCUAUCCUCAAGAGGAAAAUAACACAUCCAUUGUAUGCACAGACCGUGACCUCACUGCUAUUCCAGAUGACAUUCCCAGAAAUGUAACAUCACUGAAUCUCUCUUCAAAUAAGAUUUCAAACAUCACCUGCAAAGAUUUAAGAGGUUUAUCUAAGCUCAAACUUUUAUACGCUGAAAGUAAUGUGAUUGUACACAUUGAUGAUGGAGCUUUUGCAGACUUGGCAGAGUUAACGGUUUUAGUCUUGGCUAGAAAUAACCUCUCAAAGGUGACAGAAAAUAUGUUUCGGGGUCUUUCACAAUUAAAAGAAUUAUCUCUGAAUAACAACCUGAUCUCAUCCAUCUCGCAGGCGGCCUUUCAGUCCCUGGUCAGCAUAACCUCAGUAGAUCUCAGCUACAAUUCUCUGUCUGAAAUUGCAAUUAUUGCUCCAGUAUUAACACUUCCACAUUUACAAAAUUUGUACAUUGGAGGAAAUGAUUUUACUUCUUUCCAGUCCUCUGAGCUGCCUUUAAAUAGAUCAAACCUUAGGGAACUUGAUAUAAUUUGGUGUAAACUCAGAAAGUUCAGUAUUACAAAAGACAUGUUUCCUCAUCUGCAGUUACUGGACUUCAGGAGAUGUAAUAGUAAGAUUGAAUGGAAUGUAACAAAUAAAACAUUCUUGAGGAGCCUAACUUCACUCUACUUGGAUGGGAAUAAUGUUACUUUUGAGGCAUACAGCGAGAUGCUAAAGACUGCUGACUCACUUAAACAUCUUAAACUGUACUUCAUGCAAAUUCCAAUAAAACUUGGUCUUAUAGACAUCGCCUGCCAGAUUCCUUCUCUACACAUUCUCGAUAUAGGGAAUAGCAAAAUUAGCCACGCAAAUGAUAACCUGCUGCGGUCUUGCUCCCAACUUACUCACCUUAGGUUACCUUUUAAUAAGAUGGAAACAAUGUCUGAUCAUGCACUCCAAUCAAUGACACGGCUCAAACACCUGGACCUCCAAAAGAACGUUCUAUCCAAAGUGCCGGUUGCUCUCAGAGGACUCUCCACAUUGGAAGUUCUGGACCUGAGCUUCAAUGUCAUCAGCGAACUCACCAGCUCUGACUUUAAUAAUCUGAGGGCACUCACACACCUCAAUCUAAACCACAAUCGUAUUUCCCGAAUCACACCGCAUAUUUUUCAAAAUCUGCCUCAUUUGAAAGUCCUGAAAAUAGAAACAAAUGGAAUUUUUUCUUUUAAGCAGAGCUUCAAAGGAAAUUUAGAAAGACUAAAAGAUUUGUAUUUGAACAACAACAGUUUGACAGAUUUCCAGCAAGGAGACUUCAAAAAACUCCAUUCCCUCGAUCACUUGGAAUUACAAUCAGACGACAGUUGCAUUGAUCAUUCGGGAAUAUUUGAAGAACUUAAAAGUCUCCAAACUCUUAAAGUGUCAUGUAGGGGUUACGUAAAAGAGUAUUUUAGGGGACUAACAAACUUAAAUACUCUGGUCUUCCAUAUUACCAAAAAUCAGAACAUACAACAUCAUGCACAUCCUUUCUCAUAUUUAACCAAACUGAAGAAACUUAUUAUCUUUGAUAAAAGGGAAACUCACGAGGAUAUUCCGUCAGACGUACUUAAUGGUCUGACAUCUUUAGAGUACUUACGGAUGGAGAAAUUUUUUAUGGGGUCAUUGCACCCCGAAACAUUUAAAUACACCCCCCAGCUAACGUCUCUGAAGAUAUCUAAUAGUGAGAUUUCAAAUUUAACAUCUGAAGUGUUCUGGCCUGUCCCAAACCUGACAAUGCUCGAUCUCUCUAACAACAAACUCAGAUCUUUGGAUUUCCUGGCUGACGCCAAACUGCUGGCACUCACCUGGCUGAAACUCAGCGACAAUACAUUGACACUAGUCAGUCAGAAUGUGAUCAACUCCCUCCCUGCUUUAACCUAUCUGGAUCUAGCUUCCAACCGUCUAACGUGUGAAUGCUCUAGCAUUGAAUUUAACGAGUGGAUUCAAAGCAUCAACCAGACACAGGUCGUUAAUGCUCAUCAGUAUACUUGUGCAUUUCCUGUUAGCCAACAGGGGAAAAAAUUCCUGGACUUUGAUAUCGACUCCUGUCGGAUGGAUGCUAAUUUUCUCUGCUUCAUUUCUAGCUUUUUUCUAGUUGUGCUUACUCUUCUUAUAUCCUUCAUUUACCACUUCCUGAGGUCACACCUCACCUAUGCCUACUACCUCUUCCUGGCCUUUCUCUAUGAUAAUAAGAGGAGGAAGAAAGGUAUUCCUCACAGCUACGAUGCCUUUGUCUCCUACAAUGUUCAUGAUGAAGCUUGGGUUUACGGAGAGUUGCUUCCAGAGCUGGAGGGUCAACAGGGCUGGAGACUCUGUCUGCACCACAGAGACUUUGAACCAGGUAAGCCCAUUGUAGAAAACAUCACAGAUGCCAUCUAUAACAGCAGGAAGACUAUCUGUGUGAUCAGCCAGCACUACCUGCAGAGUGAGUGGUGCUCCAGAGAGAUCCAGAUGGCCAGCUACCGUCUGUUUGAUGAACACAAGGAUGUGUUGAUCAUGGUGUUUCUGGAGGAGAUACCAGCCAAGCAGCUGUCUCCGUACUACCAAAUUAGGAGUCUGGUGAAGAAGCGCAGCUACCUGAGUUGGCCACAGGCUGUUCAGCACACUGGAGUCUUCUGGCAGAAAAUACAACAAGCUCUCAAGAGAGAAGAAACCCCUGCUGAGCACAGGCGCCUCCUCACUGGACACCAGAGAGUCAUCCAGUGAAAUUUAACCCAGGUGGAAAAAUCACAGAUUGUAUAUAUCAAUCAGUCAAUCGAUCGAUUGAUCCUUUAUUUGUCACAUGCAAAGUUAGGCAUACAUUUUGCGUGUUACACGUACAGUUACCUGCAGUGAAAUUGGACCCCUUCUGACCAUACGUACAUAGCACAAACAUCACAUUAUUGCAAACAAACUGCAUUCCAAUUUCACAGUUGAUCUAAUAUCCAUCACUGGUCACCAGGUUUAUCAAUCCCGUUGAAGAACCGUGAGCUUCUCCAAGAUCUUAUCCAUGUUGUGUUCAAUAAACACAGACUGAGUACUCACAAACGCUUCCCAUCGCUUCAAUCAUAGUGUCUGGUGGAAUUUCCUGGAGUGCCAUCUGCUAUUUACCAUUUUAUUCUUGCCAUUAAAGUGUUAAAAAAACUUUUUUAUCGUUGAGAUGCUUGAAAAAAAUGCUAUGAUAAUAUGUGUUAUAACAUAGUCACAUGGUAAAGCUGUAAUAAAGGCAAAACAAUGGUUUUACAUGACAGUAGUUGCAUGUUUCAUUUAUUACAUCAUUUACAGUGUUUCCAUUAACAGCACCAAAAGUGUUUUUAAAAAAAAAACAAAAAAAAAACAUAACCAUAAAUGUCAUAAUGGUGUUGUUCUUUCCCCCCCCCCCCUAUAAAUUAUUGUGAUAGGCUAGGACAUUUGGAUCUCGUACUGUGCUUAAACCUAACUGCCCAGUAGCGACCAUAUUUAAGGUCAAUUUUAUUCUAAUUCAAGUUACUUUCAAAUCUGGGACUCUUCACCCACCUUUGACAAUUAGUAGGUGUUGGGGAUGAUAGCCACGCUUUCAGGUCAAAGUAUGUCACUUCUGUCACUGUUUACAGAUAAAUAUUUUAAAAAGAUAAUAAAAAAGCUAACGUUUUAUCAGACAAUAGCCAAUGGUUUUGAAACAACUCGAGAAAAUCUGUUCCCUCUUUAAUUCUCCACAAAGAAGUCUUACCUGUGUUCUCAAACUUGAUAGGCCAGUACAACUCAAACAAAAAGGCUACCGAAAGGAUUGUCUUUGCGUACAGAUCCUGCAUAUUCGCGUGUGUGUUAGUCACCUAAAAAUUAAAUACUAACAAAACAGCUUUUUGUGUGGGGCCUGCUGACAGCAGUCUCCAGCUACAUCAGUGGUUCUCAGAUGAUGUGCUGAAGCCUUGGAAUUUUUAUUUUUUAUAAUUAACACAACAUUUAUAAUUAAGUAUAUAUUCAUACUUUCCAGACACUCAUUUGCCAACACUGAAUUUAACAGAAGAAAAUGAAAAAAUAAAAAAGUCUGAGUUUUUGGUUUGUAAGUCCGGAAACAGAAUCACAAAGGGUCUGAUUGUGUGAAUAAAAAAAGUAUUAGUUUAUUAUUUCAAACAGAUACUUUUAAGUGCAACUGUGCAAUUCAUAUACUCAUAAAAAGGAAAGGAACAGCCAACUUUACUUCAGACUGAAGCCGUAGUCGCACAGAAAAACAAGGCUGAGCUCGUGAUGCAUAUUCUUUAAUGUGUGAUAAAAUUGUGUUUUCAGCCACUAACUCUGCUCAUAUUCUUCCAAAACACUGCACAUACAAUAUUGGAACACAUCGUAAUUGUCUAAAUGCCUCAGAGAAGUCAGAAUCCAGAUUACUAACUUUCAGACUAACUCAUCCUGACUUGUCAUUUCUGUUUCCAGGAAUUGACUGGCUGGAUAGAGAUUUGACCAUUGUACAGGAGAAGGGUGAAUUGUUGGUCCAAUACAUCCAUUAAUAGAAACUUUUAACUAUGGAAUUAAAAGUAAUGGACAUGGUCGUUGUUUGUGCACUGCAACUUGGAAACAAAGCCAGAGAAGAUUACUUGCUCCCCUCACCUGUUACUCUCUACUCAUAUUGGGCUUCAAGGAUUCUGGAAAUCUGUUUUCUUAAGCUGUAGUUGUAAAGAUGCAACCUUGGCUCUGACAUGACUGGAGAAAAAUUAGUUCCCAGAAACAGGAAGGAUUUGGAAAUAUGUUCAUUUUAUGACACAAAAGAAAGAGGAAACUGGCUGGAAAUGUCUAUUUUUAAUGGUUUCGCUUGCUAUUGUGUUAAAUAUUGCAAGAAAAUGGAAAUUAAAAAAAAAAAAAAAACUGCUCAAGAGGAUGGAAGCAUUAAUCUCUUUGUAAGUUAUUGGUGCAGCCCUCCGGUGUGCAGUAUCUUAGCUGUUCCUAAGACUGGGCUCUUCUAGACAGAGAUCUUGGAUGUUGUUCCUGGGAUCUACUGGAACCACUCGCCUAGCUUGGGAGUCACUGCACCUAGUGGUCCGAUUACCACUGGGACAGGGGUUGGCAACCCGCGGCUCUUUCAUCCUUAUACUGCGGCUCCGUGUGGCUUGGGAAAAUAAAUUAGAAGUAUUUAAUUGAAGUAUAUUUUAUUUGUGUUAGUUCUUUUUUUUAAAAAAAUUGUAGAUCUAAAUUGGAAGAUUAUUGUGAUCUUGAAAUAUUAAAAUAAAAUAAAAUUUUAUUAUUAUUUUUUGUCGCUCAAAAUAAGCGUCAUACUUCAUAACAGAAGGCCGGUCUCAUUCAGAAUCACAAAUGGAGUGGUAUUGAGAACCUUCCAAGACCAGACAAACGUGUUUGAAACAUUGAAUGCCAUCCCCGACACAUAAACAUGAAGAAAUAUGCAUUCGGAGUCAUCUUGAUCUUUGGAUCCACAUACUAUAUGAGCAGCUAUUCUCCACCAUGAACUAUGUUAAAAACAAAACAGCGCUUAUGCCUCACAGACGACAGCUUACAGUCCUGAGCAUAAGAGAGCCUUUGGCAGUGACUGACUUUAGAAAUUGAAGCAGAUGACUUUUUCCUGGAGGACGUGUGCACUACCUCAUACUCAAGAGGGCAACUGCACAAAAGAUUUGGCAGCAGUGACAUCAUAUUUGAUAAAAACAUAACUACCAGCAUGGUAGUUCUCCACAAAGAAAAUGAGGAGAAAUACUGACUUCUCAGAAAAGCUGUCAUCACACCGUGUCUCUACUGCAGACACAUCUCCAGGGGCAAAGCUUCACUCAGACAUACACAGACACACCUCAAGGCACCAGUUCCUCUCCAGAGACGGCUGGUUGUGUCAGUCAACAGCCAUACUUGAAGUGACGGCACACAAGUGUGUAUGUAAGUGUUUGUGUGUGUCAGUGAGUGAGAGACAUAGAUGUUAGGUGUGCCUUGACGUUUGUUUGCAGGUAAAUUCAAGAUGCAGGUGCUGGUCCCAUGAAAUCACACAGUGCACGAAGACAAGCAAGAAAAAGUGAGGAGAACUGUUCAUUUCACUUCCUUUUGUAUCAUUACCGCUCAGUAAUAACCAUGGAUCUUAAAAAUUCACAUAUGUUGUGGAGAAUGAAGAAGUUUCAGCAGCUGUAGCAAAAGGGUUUGUCCUUUUAGGAAGUUCACAUUUUGAGCCAGACCUAUUGCAAGAAAAUGGAAGUUAAUGCUUCCAUCCUCUGGACUUCUUUCUUUUUUUUCCUCUUUAUAAGCUUAUUAGUCCAGCACUCCCAAACAAUCCCAGUUUCUCAUGGGAAAAUUAUUUUCCCACCUCUAAUGGUGUAUAAACUAGUGGUAAAUUAAUCGAUUGUAAACGUAAUUGUAAAAAAAACCCAAAUCUUCAAACUUCUAAAGUUCUGAAAGAUUCACUGAGCUUUAAGUCAUUUACCUGGCAAUAUAUGCAUGUCAUUUGUCGCCUUCUUUAUUAGCAGGUAAAAUGUCAUCAGUACCUUUUUUUACUCGCACAAUGUGAUGCUUAAUGGGGCACAGGUGGACUAAAGCUCAAAUUGAUAUAAACUAAAUGACAACAAAAAAAAAUUAUAUAUAUAUAUAUAUAUAUAUAUAUAUAUACACACAUACACACAUAUAUAUAUACGUAUUUCACUUGUGUGUGUAGGUGGCGGACACCAUGACCACAUUCGUGCGGAGAUGAAUUUGCUGAAGCCAGAAGAGAAAUGAGGAGGUAAAAACUGAAAGUAUAACACCAUCUACUGGCUAACAUGAAGCAAAUAAUAAAAGGAGUGCUGGCUUUUUCCUAGUUAAAGACUUAAUUCCAGGACAGUUGUCAGUUGUGCUGCCUUGAUGUCAUACAAUCAUUGGUGCUUUUUUUGCCAUUUUAACUUAUUUAAGAUGAGAAAAAAGUUUUGUUUCCUGUUUGCAUCUUUUCAUACUGGGUAAGACACUUAACAUCAAGUAGUGAAUUAGUAAAGGUGAACACAAGUUAUAGUAAAAUGCUAUCCAAUGACAUCCAAAAUUCUUAAUGUUUACCUUGAAUAGAUUUAAAUUAUUUUCUUCUUGCAGAGGUUUCCUUACAGAGCAGCAAUAAGGAAUGCCUGAUUCUGUAUUACCUGAAGACCAGUGGAAACCAACCAGCUGCCAUGCUGAAUCUUGAGGAAAGCUAUGACUAGAGUUUCUUUGUAGUUCUGUACGGUUUCUGUUCUACUUCCAGUCUUAAAAUUGAACUACCAAAAACAAGUCAAACCACCACCUUGAAGUUUCAAUGUACAACAGAAACCAAAUAAAGUCUAUGGUUCUUGUUCAUUAACUUUGUUUGAAAAGCAUAAAAAUGAGCUUCCAUUUAUUUUCAUCUGAAACA